AUGCUGUUGCGAUUUUGCGCUGUUUUGGGCAUCUACGCGCCUUGCUGCAGCGGUGAAGGCCGCAUCUACGGCAACAAUGGGUCGCAUCGAGAGGUAAACUGGAACCACUACGCGACAUCUUACCCAUUCCUGGUUUCCCUAGUAUUCGAAGCACCAGAUGACCAUCAAAUCUGCAGCGGAACGUUGAUCCAUGAAGACUAUGUGCUGACAGCAGCAUCCUGCUGCAUUUUUCCGGAGAAUUAUCACGGUGAUGUAUCGAGUUUGGUGUUGCGCAUGUCGGUGUGGUUGCAUACACCAUCUGGCUGGCGCGUUGCCAGGAACUUCAGCCGGGAGACUUAUCGCGACAAUAUCGCCAUUAUUCGUUUGAUGACACCUCUGGUCGGCGUUCCCGUGGCAACUUUGGAGCAAAAGCAGGGUGAACAUGUGGGGGAGCAGGCACUUGUUGCUGGCUGGGGCGCGUCAGACAGCGAGUGCAAAGUGCGACCCAAACCCUCCGUCCUCAAGGAAGGUGACAAGCAGAUAGCAUCCUUUUUGCCUUGUUACUUACAGACACUACUGGGCCGCGGUAAGGGCCCCUUCGAGCCAAGCAGACACAUCUGCACGCAAGAAGUUCAGUCUGGGUCAGCAGGCAUGGGCUGUGGUGACGAAGGUGCGCCAAUGCUCCUUCGAGCAAAUGGCACGACUGUUCAAGUUGGACUUUAUUCGCACAAGUCCGGGCUUCGAGACAUAUUCGUUCGUGUCUCUGCGUAUGCUGACUGGAUCAACAGAGUGCUGACGAAACAACACUGGUGCCAGCCUCCUUCCUGCGUGGGGUCCCGUUAA